AUGAGGUCGAGCCUUUUCUUCCUCUCUUCUCUACUGAGUAGCAUCUCAGCCACACUCACAGCAUCCAGCGGCGACUCGCCCUAUUCAAUUGAACUACGAUCCGUCCCAGGCACCCAAGCGCCCAUUCUCGAAGUUGCCCCGAAGAGUCGCCAUGUCAAACUCCGCAGGAGCGACCAUGCCCUUCCCAAGCACCUCGCUCUGCGGAGCGUACUGGGACUCGACCAGGAUCAUAUCGGAAGACGCGAGGAAGGGGAAUCGGCGCCGAUGGUCCAGCUGAAGGGCGAGUCUUACAUCGCCGACGUGACCAUUGGCGACCAGGAGAUCCCGGUGCUGAUCGAUACCGGCUCUGCGGACUUGUGGGUGGCCCCGGACAGCUUUGUCUGCCUCGAUGAGAACCACAACCAGACGUCCAAGGAGACGUGCAACAUUCCCGUCUACUUCGAGGGAACAUUUGGCGACGGGGUGGUGGAGGACCAAUACUUCUCAAUCAUCUACGCAAACGGACAGUACGUCUAUGGCGAAUAUGGAUACGAUUCCGUGACAUUCGGCGGCAUCACCGUGCCGAAGCAACAGUUUGCCCUGCCCUCAACUGGAUACUUCCAUGCAUCCUCGGGGGACUUCUCGGGCAUCAUGGGCCUGGGUCUCCCAGCCAUGACCGCGGCGAAGAAGGGCGCAAAGCCGCGAGAGACUGUGAAUAACCAAGACGAGAUUGCAUCAUACGACCCAUGGUUCACAAGCGCCGACAAGCAGAACCUGACCGAGCCUGUCUUCAGCUUGGCAGUGGACAUGGAUGGCGGCGGGGUCCUGGCCCUCGGGGGCGCUGCCGAUGUGCCUGUCAAGGGGGACUACGUCUCGACUCCGAUUCUCAUGCUCAACCUCAACGGGGAAGAGCGCGGGGGCGACGAGUUCACGUACUACACCAUCAUGCCGGAGGAGUACAUAAUCGCCGGUCAGCCCUUCACCAACCACACGGACGAGACCACAGCCACAACCACAACCGCAACCACAGCCGCACCACCACCACCAGAAGGCGGCCCAGCGGUCCCAGCCCUGGAGGAGGCCCAACAACCCCAGCGCCGCCACGCCAACGGCGUCCCCACCAUCAUAGACAGCGGCCUCUCGACCAACAUCCUCCCGCCCUCGCUGAUCAAGGCCCUCUACGGCGCCUUCGCCGCCCCGCCGAAGCUGGUCGAGCUCAGCCCGGGCGGGCCGCGCCUCUUCGCCGCGCCCUGCGACGCCGAGGUGCCCUCGUUCGGCAUUCGGAUCGGCGGGCACGUCUUCGAGCAGCCCGCGGGCGCGGUGCUGCUCGCGGGCGCCAACGCCACCGUGGACGGCACCGCGUUCUGCGCGCUCGGGUCCCAGCCGGGCAUCGAGCGGGCCGGGGCCCUGGGCGCCGCGUUCCUCGGCGGCGUGGUCGCCGUGUUUGACGUCGGGGCGGCGGAGAUGCGGUUUGCGGAGAGGGACCGCAGGGGUCUGGCGUCUGAUGGGACUGCUACUGGUACUACUGGUACUGCUGGGAACGGGUCGACUGGGCGGAACUCGACUGGGGAUGUGACCAUCCCCCCGGCUAGUUCUGGGCUUGCUAACACCAACGCUGGCGGCAGGCUGCUUCCGGUGUGGGUUCAGCUUUUGAAGCAGGUCGCUUGCGGGUUGUUGCUGGGGCAGAUUGAAUGUUGA